UAUUGCUGAAUGCUGUAGCACUCCAUACUCGCUGCUGGGCUUGGUCUUCACAGUCUCUUUUGUUGCUUUGGGAGUUCUGACUCUCUGCAAGUUUUACUUGCAGGGUUACCGAGCAUUCAUGAAUGAUCCUGCUAUGAACAGGGGAAUGACUGAAGGAGUCACACUCCUGAUCCUGGCUGUGCAGACAGGUUUGAUUGAGCUCCAAGUUGUGCAUCGGGCGUUCCUGCUCAGUAUUAUUCUUUUCAUUGUGGUGGCAUCCAUACUUCAGUCCAUGCUGGAAAUUGCUGAUCCCAUUGUCUUGGCAUUGGGAGCCUCAAGGGACAAGAGUCUGUGGAAGCACUUCCGAGCAGUCAGCCUCUGUUUGUUCUUACUUGUGUUCCCUGCAUACAUGGCCUACAUGAUUUGUCAAUUUUUCCACAUGGAUUUCUGGCUGUUGAUCAUUAUCUCCAGCAGUAUUCUAACCUCUCUUCAGGUGCUUGGGACACUCUUCAUUUAUGUUUUGUUUAUGGUGGAGGAGUUCAGAAAAGAACCAGUAGAAAAUAUGGAUGAUGUGAUUUAUUAUGUAAAUGGCACGUACCGGCUGCUGGAAUUCCUCGUCGCUCUCUGUGUGGUAGCAUACGGUGUCUCGGAAACAAUCUUUGGUGAAUGGACUGUGAUGGGUUCUGUGAUCAUCUUCAUUCACUCCUAUUACAAUGUGUGGUUGCGGGCCCAGCUGGGGUGGAAAAGUUUCCUUCUUCGCAGAGAUGCUGUGAAUAAGAUAAAAUCGCUGCCUGUUGCCACGAAAGAGCAGUUGGAACAACACAAUGAUAUCUGUGCUAUCUGCUACCAGGAUAUGAAAACUGCUGUAAUCACACCAUGUAGCCAUUUUUUUCAUGCGGGUUGUCUUAAGAAAUGGCUGUAUGUGCAAGAAACCUGCCCUCUGUGCCACUGCCAACUCAAGAGCCCUUCACAGCUACCGGGACUGGGACCAGAGCCAGUUCAACAGCCAAAUCCUAGUGCAGAGCAAAAUACCAGGCCUGGAGAUGCAGCUGAGCCCCCUGGUGUUGAAUGUGACAAUGGGCCAAAUAUGAAAGACAGCCCUAGCAAGAGCAGUGGACAGGACAGCCUGGAGGCCUCUGCUGAGAUGGAGGGGUCUCAAAGCAUGGACAGUGACACAAGCCUGUGUGAGGCCAGCCAGGGAGCAGCUUGUGCUGCAGAACUAACUGCAGCCCCAAAGGGGUGCCCCGCUCAAGACCCAAGGGUUUGUGUCCAGCUCUGAGGUGAGAUCCAAGUUUGACUCAGAAGAAAACCUGUCCUUCCACAGCUGUGAAAGAAGUUUAGCUAUUAAUGCUGGUCAAAAUGUAAUCUCCCAUGCUGAUUUCUGUGGGCUGCUUGGUAGUGGUAACUCCAGUGAGAUGUAGUAGAAAUGACUCCAGAAGCUCUGUGAACUGUGGGCAUAGGAAGGAUGUCUGGAAAUAAAUUGAAGGAGUGUUUUCAAGAUGUAGGUGAGGGGUAAGGGAACAAGAGGUCUGUGAGAGGUUAUAGACGAAUGGACAGAACGCUAGCUUUUGUUCUGGUCAGGAAGAGGGUAUCACAGACAGCCAUGUCCCAGGGUACCUGAGAGACGUUAAAUGCAGUGAGUUGCUAGUCUCUGACUGAGGUGCAGCUUUGGUUGCUGACAUACUUUUUAUGGCACGUAGGCAAAAAUCAAAGAUAUAACAGCAGUGAUGGUACUAGAAGAUGGAAGCACUCUUAAUACGUCGUGUAUGCUUUGGGUGUUCUCGGUGGGGCAAUUGCAUUUGAAUUCAUGUAAUCUAUAGUGACUCUUGACUUUUAUGACGGAGUCUUCAAUAUUUUGAUGUAUAUGAAACUUUUGCUAAUAAUGGGCACAGUCUGGGCUGCAUGAAGUAAGCUAAAGCUCUGAUGAACACUGACCUCUGCUACCAUGUGCAGGAGCAAAGUGGGAUGAGUUUUAGGGCACAGAUAGAGGCCUUGCAGUACUGUGCUGUGUAAUGUUUAAUUCUUGCAGCUGAAUUAAAACAGUAUUAAACUCUGGCGAUAUUUGCACUUUGGGAAUGAGUACAUUAUUGUGUAUGAUCAGACUCCGCAAAUGCCACUUUUAAAGCUGUUAAUAGGUUUGCACCUUUUUUUUUCUUUGACAAGGACAUGUCCAUACUUAAAUUUUUACAUGCAUCAUGGCUUCAAGUAGAACUAGGGACAGGGGUGGGGAAAUAGGUGGGAGUAGGGGGCAGGCAAUUUUUUUAUGUGAAUUUUGAUAUGAAGAGAAAUUAGUCACUUAUUUAUACGAUAGGCUUGACUCAAGUGUUUUUCAAAGUCGGUAUUCCUAAUGUGAAAUGUGAUACUAUUUUAUUUUUAGCAGUCAGUUUGGAUGUAGACUGACAGACAUAGCUGAAUGUCUUAAUAAAUUACAUUUGAAGAUUUU